AUGAACACUAAAAAAAUGUGUAAGUUACUUCUCGAAGGUGAUAAUUAUUUUAAAGAUGAAAAUGUCGAUACGCAGAAAUUUAACAAAAACGAAAAAAUCAAAGGAUAUUGUAGUAGCAAUGGUUGUAAAACAAAUGAAGAUCGUAUUCAUGCUGUGGCCAAAUAUAUAAUUAUGAAUUUCAAAAUGUUAAUAAUAAGAAAAACUCAGUAUAAUAACUAUGAUGAAUAUUUAUUGAUGUGGAUAGGUGAUAAAUUGCUUAAGAUACACAAAAAAGGAAAAGGCAAAAAUAUUAGAAAAGGGUAUAUGGAUGCUUUUACUUUAAAGCAGGCUUAUGAAGAGUAUUUAGAUAAGCAUAAAAAAGGCUUGGAUUAUUGGGAUCUUUUAAAUAUGAUGCAGGGUUUGAAAGAAGCUAAUCUUAAGUAUAUGAGCGAAUUUUAUAAGUUACUUAAUCACAUAUGUAAACUAAUUACAUAUUAUGAAACAAAGGGCGUCGAAAGUAGGGAAUUUUCUAGAAAUUCUAUCGGUUGCAGUCGUCAAUAUAAAAUCCUUUAUAAUAACAUUUCUGAUUGCCAAUCAUAUCUUGAUUUAUUGAAUAAAUUAAAAGGCACAUAUGAUGAUUUUAGUUCUGUUAUUAAGAAAAAUAGUUCGAACAUUAAUUUAGCAACUAAACUUAAAAAACUUACACUAGAAAAUGGAAAAGAGAUGGACGCAGUGAGAGGUUUUAAAACAUAUGACUUCAGUACUGAACAAUGUAAAUUCCCCAUAAAACAAAAAAAAAUAGUCUCAUCAAAAAAGGCGGAACCAUCAGGAUUACCACCUUCUUCAAAAGAAGAACCACCGCCACAGCAGCAAAAACAAGAUUCACCAUCCCCACAAGAACCACAACGAGAAACACAACAAUUAUCAUCAGCAAAACCACCUGAAGAUCUACCUACAAAACUGGAAUUACCUUCAUCUUCACAAGAAUCUCAAGAACUAGGAAAAAAUAAUCAAAAUGAACUAACGGAUCCAGGCAAAGAAACAGGGGGCUCUAAAAGUGAGACAAAGGGUCCCGAAGUUGAAAAAGGAAAUAUGAAGGGUAGAGAUAAAGAACUCGGCGAUCCAAGUGGUGGGAAAGAUAGUCAAAUAAAUGGAGGUGAUAGAGCAAAUAGUGAAUCAGGUGGCGAAGAUACUGGAAAAGGUGGACCAGAAGGUGGAUCCACUGAUAAAAUUAGUGAAACAGGAGAUCUCGAUAAUGGAAAAGGUGCUUCAAAAGGUGGAACAGGUGAUGUAUUAGGUGGUGAUCAAAAAAGUCCAGAUGGAACAAGUGAUCUAGGUAGUGGGGCAGGGGGUACAAGUGGUGGAUCAGGUAGUGACACAGAUAAUCAAGGAGGAGAUACAGGUGGCGAUAAAGAAAGUCAAAAUGGAUCAGGAAAUUCAGGUAGUGUAUCAGGUGGUGCUCCAGGGAGUUCAGGAAGGGAAUCAAAAGAUAACACACAAACGAAAACAAACCAAGUGGGUGAUUCCCCAUCGAUGCCCCAAAUACCAGGAUCGGAAAAUAAAGGGACUAAACAAGGCGCAGUAAAUCAAGAUCAAGAUUCAAAUUCUAAGAAGGGAGUUCCGGGUGGAACAGGAAAUCCAGUUAAUGUGCCAGAUGAUGGGCAAGGUAGUGGGCAAGAUAAUCAAAGAAUUACAAGUAGUGAAUCAGGAGGUGCAGAUGGUGGACCAGAUGCUUCUAAAAUUGGACAAAAGACUUCAGACAGUGAUAAAGGAAAUAAAGACGGUGGAGGAAAUGGUGGAGCAGGAACUCCAGGUAGUGGAGUUAAUGAAGGAGGUAGUGUACAAGGUGAUCAAGGAAAAUCAUCUGAUAAAACAGGUCGUGGGUCAGAUGGUCAUGCAAAUAAAGGUAGUCAAGGCGAUUCAGAAAAUCAAGUAAAUACAGGUAAUCAAACAAAACAAUCCGGGAAUUUACCACAUGGAAAUUCAGCAUCUCUGCCAUCUGGAACAGAUACAACACCAAUACCAUCACCACCAGUACAACCACCAUCAACACCAACACCACCACCAUCACCAUCAGAUUCAACUCCACCAUCACCAUCCGAUUCGCCAUCAGAUUCACUAAAAGAUGCACCAAAAGACUCUCAACCAAAUUCAUCGCCAACUACAUCAAUAGAUCCAACAUCAAAAAACCAACCAUCUCCACAAUCACAAUCUAUCACACUGUCCCCCCAACAAGUUGAUCAACCUAAUCACAAAACAAAUGUUCAAUUAGUAAAAUCGCCAAGUUCUGACCACGUUUUCAUAAGACCCUGGAAUAUAAUUCCAACUACGUGGAAUGGAUCAGAGGAUUGUAAACCUAAAAUAAAAUUUAUGAGUACCACAUUAGUGUGUUGCACAUCUAAACAGUGUAGUUUAACUGGUGUUUCGGUUACACUUAUUUUAAUACCCAUUAUUUUAUUAAUUGCAUAUAAGUGUUUAUCGAUUGGAUCAUCAAAAAAAUCGGAAAAAAAAAACAUGAAGAGAGUUAUAAAAUUAGUUGAUGGAAACAGAAAGACAAAAAUAAUUAUAAGUUCAAAUGAUAGGAUCAAACACCUAAAACCGGUUAUAAAUUCAGUUGGUGGAAAAAAAAAUUCAUUAUUAAAUAUAUACAAGAUUAUACAGGGCGAUCCUAUGCCAUUUAUUAAUUUAUUUUUUUUGUUGAUUUUUUUUGUCUAUAAAAGAAAACGAGACACCAUAGAAUGA